AUGGAUCUCGACCCCAGGGAUCGCGCAGAAGCUCUGCUGCUCAAGGCUGCCCGCGCACACGGCAUCCCCGCCACAAAGGACGACAUCCGCAGCGCCCUAUCCGACACGACCUUUGUCGAGUGGGCGAAUCUGCAUCUAGCGACAGAUCAUCUCCUCACGGGUGAUGAGUUGGCACUGUAUACUGCUCUUGACAAAAGCGGACAGGUCGAUCGGCUCGCUGACCUGCAUGACUUGGGAGAAGUUCAGGCGGUGAACGAAGAUGAUAUUCGUGCCGCCAUAGAAGAGCUGAAUCGGUCUACAGAGACCAUAACUAAGCAGACAGAGACGUUGCGUCAGCAGCAAGACGCUCUUGCGCGCUUGGUAAAGAAACGUGAUGAGGCGGAGCAUGAGCGCAGGGAUCUGGAAGAGGAGCGUCUUGACAAGACAAAACAUGCCUUGAAGAAGCUGGUUUUUGAGGUCGAUGGUGAGGCACAGAGUCUCGAAUAUCGUGUUGCAGAUUUGGAGCAGAUUGCUAAGAACUCUCGAUCUAAUGUGAAAAGAACGGUUGACAGUGUUUUGCAAUCUGAUGAUAAGUUGUUGUUGAGUCUUCAGAAACUUGGUUGGGAACUUGAUCAACAGGAUCCCGAGGAGGAAAAGAGGAUUGAGAAGCUGCGGGAAACUUGUAUGAGAUUGAUCAAGACAACUGUCGAGACCCUUCGUACAAGACUAGACAGGAUCUAUCUCGAAGCCAUCCUAGAAGCAGAGCGCUCAGGAGAUGUUAAGUCUGCUACUCAAGACGAUGUCAAGGCCCUUGAGGAAGAGCUCGAGUCACUUUACUCUGAGAUUCUACCCGUUGCGCAAAUGUCGGCUGAGCAACAGUAUUUGGAACCAGCUCUCAAGUCAACAGAUGCUCAAAGCGGACAAAGUCUGCGCCGCUCAGCUGUGGCAGUGACAUAUGUCAACGAAUGUCUGGAUCAUCUCGUAGACAAGAUAACACUCCUCACAGAGAGAGUAGAAAUCCUCAAGUCCCACAAUGCAGCAGCAUCCUCCAUCAUCGCCACUGCCAAAGCCGAAUCAUCCGCCUCUCUCUCCCCGGAGAAGAAAAAGUCUCUUCGAGCAGCCAUGCCAGCAUCGCCUAUUCGGAACCCAUCACCCAUUCGCAUGCGCGCCAGCACAGUCGGCAACCGUCGCGACGCUACCAGCAAAAACAGACGUCGCUCCUCCGGCAUGCUCGACGAACCCGCCAUAGAAGCUCUUAUGCGCGACCUCUCUUUGUCACUACCCGACACAGAGGAUGCGUCCAUCCAAGACCAGGUAUCUGCUCUGAGCAAGGCUUUUAGAGAUCGCUCGGAUAAGACGACGGAUGUGAUGCGUGGUGCGCAGGAGAGCUUUGAGACGAGUGUUACGUCAAGGCUUGAUGAUGCGAGGUUGGCCAUUCAAUUGCUGCGUGAUAGCAUCUUGGCGGAGAGUCCGUUUGGGCCGGUCAAAAUGCUUGAUCCUGAGUUUGAAGAGUCGGUUGUUGCGUUGGAGAAGGAUGUGGAGGGUUUGAGGGUGAAGGUGGAUGGGAUUGUUGAUAAGAAGGCUUUGGCUAAGAGUGUUAAGAAGGAUGAGUUUGUGCAGCGGUGGGCGUAG